CAGGCCUCCAUCGCCGCCGCGACCAUCCAGGCGCUCGAGGCGACCAUCUCGCAUCUCCAGGAGGAGAUCGCGAAGCUGGGCUCCGAGCUGGAGGAGCUUAAGAGCAAGGAAGACAGUGAGAGAGACGAGUUCAUCAGCCAGAUGGUUGAAAUGAAUGCAAGGAUAAGGCAAUUUCAACAGAUGGCUUCUGCUGAAUUAGCAAGGAAAUGCUCUGAAGUGUCAGCAGAUGGUGAGCAAGGCAAGGUAGCAGAUGGUAAUCAAGGCAAGGGAACAGAUGGUCAUAAUGUGAGCGACAAGAAUGAAACUGCUGAAUCAGAAGACAUGGUGACAGAUCUGGCUGAUAAGUUGAGCAAUAUUGAGGCUGAGAUGCAUGCCUUGGAGGAGGAGUAUCAAAAGGAUCUGCUUGAUCAUAAACAGGUCUGUCAGGAACUGGCUGAUGCCCAAGCAAAGAGAGCUCUAAUAGAGGCUGUGAUGGAUGAGACGAAGCAGUUGCAGGAGGUCGGGGGGCGCGUGGCCGAAAUGGAGAAAGUGCUCAAUUCAGUUGCUGAGGAGCUGCAGAGGCGGUACACAUGCCCUAGCUGUGGUACCAACAACAUGGGUGGGAUGGAGGAAGAGGCGGCGCGGACGUCUUCCAACUAACUGGAGAACGCGCAGAGCUGAUGUACAUUUGUAGGAUCGGCAGGUUGGUAUGGGCUACAAUAAGAGUUGUUGGUUGAUCAUCUGCCUUUACGAUUCGUUGCAUACCUGCAGUACAAUUACAGUCAAGCCCC